UUUGGCAUCUCUAUUUCGGUCAUCAUUCGGGGUGAUUUCAAUUUUCUGUAUAAUAAGAGUCGCGCAUAUAUUUUCAGUUGCAAAUAUAAUAGAUACAGACUAGAACGUGUUUAAUUGUAAUUUAUUUCAUUCCACGGCAGUAUUGAGGAUUGUGAUAUUAUCGGGAAGGUAAUAUUAAAGGGGUUUGUAUAGUUGCUCAUGAACAUCAUUCGUGAAGCUGCUCAACUCAACUGCUAAGGUACAUAUUAUGAAACGUAGCGCUUCACGAGAUUCACCAUCCAGAACAAGUCAUUCUUCACGCUCUCGUUCUACAGCUAUGGGACGCGGUGCAUAUGAUAACGGAGGCAUGGCCGGGGACUCGCCGGAGCGCAUGUCUCCAGACCGUUUAAGACGCCGUGUUGGACGCUCCCCCAGCCCUCGUGCCCGUUAUACUGGCGGGUCUCCUCACCGGGAAGAGUAUAUUCGUGGCGCCCCCAUGCCAACUUCUGACAGGCCAUCUUAUAAAGUUCUUUGUGUGUCGGCCUUGCACUCGAAAGCAUCUGAUGAAUUCAUUAAAGAAACUUUGUAUCGUGAAUACAAAAAGUUUGGCGAUUUUAGCAUUCGUAUUUCCCAUGACUUGGAUGAAAGGGUAGCGUACGUUUGCUUCCGUACAGCUGAAGAUGCUAGGGAAGCGAAACAUCAUAAGCCAAGAAUUGUUCUCUAUGAUAAAGUGGCCUUGGUAGAGCCAGUAUAUGAGUCUUCAGGUCGCGGUGAACACAGGUCGCGAGGACGUUCACUGACGCCACCGGAAUAUGACCGCUACCAUUACUCACGAGUGCCAGUGCCUCCCCCUGGACCACCGGAACACCGCCGACCACCAUUGGACCCUUAUGAUCGGUAUGGACCACCGCAUAUUUCUUCACAUCCUCAUUCCAGAGAAUACCGCCCGAUCCAUCAUGAAUACCCAAUGCCACCUCGUGGGCCUCCAAUACAUCGCGGUCCCCCGCAUAUUCAUGGGCCUCCACCACAUUAUGGUGGUCCACCUCGCCACCUUGGCCCAAGACCUCAUGUACCAUAUGAAAAGCCUGAAAACAAAAAAGAUAAAUUUCCCAAUUAUUUACAUCAUGUUCAACCCGAAGAUGACCCUCUUGCUACUCGCACGCUUUUUGCUGGAAACCUAGAAGUAUCUAUUUCAGAUGAAGAAUUACGCCGUAUUUUUGGAAAAUAUGGUAUUGUGGACGAUAUUGAUAUCAAAAGACCGCCACCUGGUACAGGAAAUGCCUUUGCUUUUGUGCGGUACCAAAAUUUAGAUAUGGCGCACAGGGCCAAGUGCGAAUUGUCUGGACAAUACAUUGGAAAGUUUCAAUGCAAGAUAGGCUAUGGCAAAGUUACUCCAGCCACUCGUAUAUGGGUCGGUGGUUUGGGCGCCUGGACAUCUGUAACACAACUGGAGAGGGAAUUUGAUCGUUUCGGAGCCAUUAAAAAAAUCGAGUACCAAAAAGGCGAUACUUGUGCUUAUAUUCAAUACGAAACCGUGGAAGCAGCAACAGCUGCAGUUAAGGAAAUGCGCGGAUUUCCCUUAGGUGGUCCCGAAAGAAGGCUUAGAACCGAUUUCUCGGAGCUCCCAGGCGUGACGCCCACAGCUGCUCCUUUUAAGCCAAAAUAUGACGAAGCUGCCAUAUCAGCUGCAGAAUACAGACGUCCAGAAUACGAUUAUCAUUAUGAAGAGCCACAUCAUCAUCAUCAUCACUAUGCUCCUCGUGGGGGGUAUUCGCCGUAUCCUCCCCGUGGAUCAUAUCGUGGGCGUGGAGGUUAUCGCGGACGCGGCCGGGGAUCUUAUCAUUAUCCCAAUGAUGUUCAUCGCCCAAUACAUCCCAGCACUUUAGCUCCAACAUCAACGUCGGCCAUUCCACCACCAGCUGGUAUUGAAGAUGAAUGGCGUCGCCCACCUGGUGAGCCUGGAUUCGAAAGAGGUCGGUCCGCUUCCCGCGAAAUCCGAGCUGAUCGUUCGCGUUCACGUUCUCCACAUAAGCGAACACAUUCUCCUGGUUCUGACUCAGAUUCAUCGCAGCGUCGUAAUGGCUCGACAUCUUUAGCAUCGGCUCGCGCUCUUUCCGAUGUGGCUCGAAAAUGCACGGUUGUUUGGCAAGGUGCCCUUAUCCUAAAGAGUUCCUUGUUUCCAGCCAAAUUUCAUCUUACCGAUGGUGAUGCCGAUAUUGUAGACUCGCUAAUGCGUGAUGAAGAAGGAAAGCAUAAUUUGCGAAUCACCCAACGGCUACGUCUCGAUCCGCCAAAAUUGGAAGAUGUGCAGAAACGCAUUACCUCGUCGUCCUCCCAUGCCAUAUUCUUAGGCUUGGCUGGCUCUACAUCCACAACGAUUGCUUCCGAAGAUAGUUCAGUGCAAACCAGACCUUUGCGGAACUUGGUUUCAUAUCUCAAGCAGAAAGAAGCUGCUGGUGUUAUAUCAUUGCUAAACAAAGAGACGGAAGCCACUGGCGUGUUGUAUGCGUUUCCACCUUGUGACUUUUCAGCGGAAUUAUUGAAGAGAACUUGCUCGUCUGUCAGUGAAGAGUCAUUUAAGGAGGACCACCUCGUGGUAGUAGUGGUGAGAGGUGGAACUGCUUAAAAGAAGGAAAAAAUGUCCUACAUCAAUUCAUUGAUUUCACAUGAAUAAUUAUUUUGAUUGACAAGUAAAACGUUGAUCAUCCCCCUUCACAUUCUUGACAAAUUAAUUAAAUAAUACCAAAAUUCCGAAUAAGAAUAACGUGUCCAUACACAUAAAACUACAUCCAUACAUACAUACUAAAACCCCUCCUCCUACCAUCCCGAUAAUCAAGCUCCAUUGUAUAAUAUAUAAAUUCACAAAUGCUAAUCUUUGCUUUCCAUGGCAAAGACAUCCAUAUAUGUUGCACCCGAAUAUGCACAUUUUUAAUUGGUAUAUCUAUUUUGCUCCACAGUCGUGUUGCUACCUGUCGUUGAACUGUGCCAACUAUGAAUACAAAACUUAUACAUAGAUUUAGCUUCCAAAGUUAUAUAUGGAAAUAUCAUCAAAAAUGUGAAAGUGUGAAUAUAUCCCGAAGGAAAGUUAAAUUUGCGAUCAUGAUGCUCUGCGAAAUGAAAUGUGAAUUUAAAAUUGUUUAUUUUUUCAAUUAGUUUGCAAAUCAAAAUCAGCAGUUUUAGUUUACGAUAAAUGUAUACAUAUAUUUUACGAGUAGUGUUGGCAAUAUUGUGGAUCAUCAUAAUGGCUGUAGUGAUGUUUUCUUGUGUGACUUCGAUUCUAGUGGGCUGUUUCAGCCGAGGCCCAUCUAAUAAACUCUAUAACAUCAGUGGCAGUGUUACACUAAACAUCAAAGAUAUAGAUUUGACUUUCCAAAGUGAGUUCGUUUUUCGGAUAUGCAUUAGAUAUAGUUUAAAAGGGUGUUAUGAAUCGUAUGUGCUUGUUAUAGUAUGGUGAAGUUCCAAAACCACAUAUAAUCUAUGGAGCUCUAUGGAGCCAUCCAAUUUUGAUGAUAUGGAUAAUUUCUUUAUUGAAUUUGAAUACAAAUGUGUGGUGUGUUGUUCCAUUCUUCUUAGACACAUGUCGUUAAUAGAUACCUGUGGUGAAUACAAUUUUUUGAUGGAAUCAUAUUUAUGUCCACCUUGGAUGAGUCUAAGUGAAGUGAAAGUAAUGUUUGUUUCAACAGUUGAUGAGUAGUGGUCUGCGAAGGAAGAAACAAAAUACCAAGAUACAUUAAAAAUCUUUUCGCUGUUACUGGUGUUGAUCAGUUCCUUCUCAAGUGUUUUUUGUGUUCAAACGGGGUUCUCUCGUCAGAGUGUUUGUGACUUCUAUUCCAAUAAUGUUUUCUGCAUACGUUCCUCGAACUAAAGUCAUUUCAAAAGAAGUGACGCAGUGUUAGAUUGUGUUCACUGAAGUUAGCCCCUUCUUAAGAAAAAUGCCAAUGCUGCUGUCCCAAUUAUUCGCCAGCAAAUCCUUAGAAAACUAAUUGUAGUAUUUGUUUAAAAAUUAUAUGUGAUUGAAAAGGGUUUUACAAAUGCUACAUUGUUUUCUACGAGGAAUGUCCACCUAGAAUGGAAAAAGUGUCGCUUGCGCAAUAACUAAUAAUGAAAACAAAUUGAAUCUAUGGUGGUUGCUCGCUAAUUGAACUUGGAGGACGAUCAGUUGAGUUCGAUUGUCAAUAAAAACCAGGCCAAUAUUUGAAAUGAAUUUAUAACCUUGGCAGUGAAAUGCAUAACAAACAUGUAUUAUGUACAAUGUAUCUUUUUAUCGUAACUUCCUUUAAAGUAGUGUUGUGCAUCUCCCAAGUGAUCUUUUGCUCAUCCCCCCAGUGAAAGGAACACAGAGGCGGCGUUCAAUGUGUGAUUUAAGUUAUGGGUCCGUUUCCAAAAUCGCAUGUAAAAAUAGAUCGUGUAUUUUGAAUUAAUUUCGGUGAAUAUAAAAUCGUAGCGACAACUGUGUAUUUUUAAGUUUCUGUUCCUGUAUAUCCAGAUCCAAUCUUUCAAAUUUAUGCAAUAAAACUCAAUAAAUAUAUAUAUUUAUAUAAAUACGUACCUAA